UAUUUGUUUUGUUUACAUCCAGCACUGACGAGGCAGUUCCUAUGUUAUUGUAUAAAUGUCGGGAAAUUAGGCGUUAAAUUUCAAAUUAAAUCCCAAGAGACAGCCUGAUAUGAUGACAACGAUAUAAGAAGCAAUACAAACCGGAGGAAGUCUUGAGAAGUGUCAUUCCAGAGAGGCAAAGUUGACAGGGACAGCAGCUUGACAGACAAGAACGCAGGUGGCGAGAUGUUGAAGGCAUUUUGCAUCGCCAGCAAACGUGGCGAGAUUCUUUUCUCAUCCAUUUUUGCUCCAACCUUGAGCAAGGCUGUCUUCCAUCCUUUCCUGUCUGAGCUGUCAUCAUCACCUCAUGGGGAUCCACCUCCUGCCUUUUCAAAAGAAGGCCAAGACUAUGUGUAUGUGUUCCGUGAUGACCUGUACUGGGUGGGCGUAGUGAGUUCUGGGAGCCUGACACAGCAGUGUGGACAGCUUUUGAUCACAGAGAGCCUGGGUCAGUUGCACCGGGUCUGCUCUGGUUUGUGUGGCAUCCUGACUCAGCACAGCAUAACUGCUAAUGCAACACUUAUUGGUGAAAUUGUGCAGGAGAGCAUGAACGGAGGCUUCCUGCAGUUACAGACACCAGAUAAGCUCCAAUCCCACAUAUACAGCAGAGUUGUAGCAGCCAAGGAGAGUUCAGCUGUCAUCUCUACCCCUGGGCUUUUUGGGCUGGAGAAAUCUGCACCUGGCACAGCUGCUCAACAGUCUUCACUUAUUGUUGACACAGGGAAACGGGAGCUGUAUGUGGAUGUGGUGGAAAAGGUGUGGGCAUCAGUAUCUGUUGAAGGCACAGUCAUCAGAGCAGAGGUCACAGGUUCCAUUCAGGUGAGGUGCUUCCUUCCUGGCAACCCAACCCUGGCCUUGUCCCUCAACACUUCACUCUCCACACUCCCACAAGAAGGGUUCUCCACAGGAACAAGAAUGUCUGAGGUAGAGUUUGGCUCGGGUGUAAAUGUUGGUGAUGGUGGUCGCAAGGUGAGUGUGAUGACAGUCCCUGGCCAGGAAAUGACCAUUGCCCGCUACACUCUAGCCCCUGACCACCCUCACCUUCUACCUUUCACUCUCACUGGCUCCACAGCAGCUCUCACUCCAAGUGAUGCAGAGCUGAAGCUCAAGUUAGUCAGCAACACAGGAAUGGGAACUGUGUCUCCUCACGUGACUUUCCACGUGUCUGCUCCGCCCACCACAGCUGCCAUCAUGUCCAGGACGUCGGGUCCCCGUGACCAGACUGUCACCUUUUCUCCAGAUAACAAGACCAUUAAAUGGACCAUUUCUCAGUUUCCUGGAGGAAGUUAUGCUCAAGCAUUUAUUCGGCUGGUGGACUCUGGAGGGAAUGCAUCAGUUGAGUCUGGAGAAUUGGACUUUGAGGUGUCCAGGUGGGUAUGUUCUGGGGUGAGGGUGGAAAAUGUCAAGCUGACUCCCCACACAGAAGGGCUCAACAAGUGGGUACGUUAUCUCACCACCUCGGACAGUGUAAGUGUUCGUCUAACGUGAAGCGUAUGUGUGUGUGUGUAUGUGUGUGUGUUAGUAAAUUUUUACAUGUGUAUUUGUGCUGGUGACCAUAAUUCUACAUGUUUGUAUAAGGUAUUUACAUUAAUGUUUUUAACAUUUGUGUUUGUUGUGCAAUGUACCAAUGAUUUCUGUGAUAAUCUUGUUAUGUUUGGGAACAUAUCCUGAAUAUAAGUAAGGGAAAUAUUGUUUCCACCAUAUUGUAAAUAAAAGUUUGACAAAACAGUG